AUGAAAAUAUCACCAGCAGACGAUUUCACUACAACUAUUAAUGUCAUUUCUGAAUAUGAUCAGCACAAGAAGGCACUACUGGAAUACAUUGAAGAAGUUACGACUAAUGCCGAAGAAAUUCAAAAGAGAGUUCUCUCUGAAAUACUAUCUCGGAAUAAAAACGUGGAGUACUUGCAACGGAAAGGUUUAGAUGGUCACACAGAUGGUGAGACCUUUAAGAAGAUGCUGCCCGUUAUCACUUAUGAAGAUCUCAAACCCGACAUUGAUCGUAUAAUCUCUAAUGGUAAUACAUCCUCACCCCCCAUUCUCUGUGACCAACCCAUUUCCAUGUUAUUUUGUAGCUCAGGAACUUCAUCUGGAGUGAGGAAAAGAAUACCAGUGACAGAAGAAGAUGCUGAACGAAGAUAUUUCUUUCGAAGCCUUGUCAUGCCCAUAGUAGAUCAACAUAUUCCAGGUCUAGACAAAGGGAAAGUAAUGUAUAUAAUGAUCAGUGUGCCUCAAGACAUGACACCAGGAGGAAUAGGACUUUCUUAUUCAAGUACAGCCUUCUACAAGACAUCAUAUUUUAAGGAUAGAUCCGACAAUAAUCCGUACAACAGCUACACUUGUCCUAUCGAAGCCAUUCAUUGUGAAGAUUCAUACCAGAGUAUGUAUUCUCAGGUGUUUUGUGGGCUGUACCAAAGCGAUCAAGUUCAUCGACUAGGCGCGCCUUUUGGUUCUGGUAUGGUUUCAAUCGUAAGGUUCAUACAGGAAAACUGGACUUCUCUCUGCAAUGAUAUUCGAAAUGGAAGGAUAGACAACAAGAAAAUUACCGAUCUGCUGGUGCGAAAGGCGGUCUCGAAAUUACUCAGCAUCAAACCCAAUCCGAAACUUGCAAAUUUGAUUGAGACUGAAUGCAAGAGGGAUGAAACUUGGAAAGGGAUCAUGUCGAGGUUAUGGCCCAAUGCUAAAUAUAUUGAGAGCGUUGUUACAGGAACCAUGUCUCAGUAUAUCCCGUACAUUGAAUUUUACAGUAAUAAACUCCCCAUCGUUUGUGCUAGGUAUGCUUGUUCUGAAGCCUACUGUGGAAUAAACCUUAACCCUCUAUGUCAACCCGAUCAAGUGUCCUACACCCUUAUCCCCACAAUGGCCUAUUUUGAGUUCUUGCCAAUACUUAGCGACCAACAUGAUCAACAAGAGGUAGUCGAUCUCACUGCUGUCAAGCUCGGAAAUGAAUAUGAGCUCGUUAUCACAACUUAUACCGGACUUUAUAGAUACAGAGUUGGAGACGUCCUAAGAGUCGCUGGAUUCAAGAACAAUGCUCCUCAAUUCAACUUCAUGCGCAGAAAUAACACACUUUUGAGCAUUGAUACUGAAAAGACAGACGAAGUUGAGCUACAGAAUGCUGUGAAUGUUGCUGCAAGACAUCUCAAGAAAUUCCUUAGUGCAUCUCUUGUUGAUUACACUAGUUUUGCUGAUCAUCAUACAACUUCGUCAACUACUCCGGGCCAUUACGUACUCUACUUUGAACUUGAGUGGGAUAAGAACAAUUUUUCAAUCUUUCAGACGACGGUUAUGGAGGAAUGUUGUCUUUUACUUGAGGAAACCCUCGGAGCUGAAUACCGUGAAUGCCGGGUUGAUAAGAAAUUAAUUGGACCUUUAGAGAUAAAGAUAGUGGAGACAGGAACCUUUGACAAGCUCAUGGCCUACGCAGCAAAGGAGGGUUCUUCAGUUAACCAGUACAAGACACCUAGAUGUGUGAAGCUUGCACCCAUUGUCCAACUUCUCAACUCUAGAGUGGUUUCUAACUAUUUCAGUCCCAAAUCCCCACAAUACAGCCCCGGCCAUGGUCCCCUACACAAAUUGCAUUAUUUUGUUUGUCGGGUCAAAUUAGUUGUAGUCCCCUACGCAAAUUCUGGUAUUUUGUUAAUGGUAUCAAAUUAG